CUGCCUGGACAGACUACAAGAUGGAUAGGGUCUUACUGGGCUGGACCACUUUCCUGUGGGUGACAGCUGUGACUGAAGCAGUGCAUGUUAUGGUGCCUGACAAGAAACAGGUAGCAAUGCUCUUUCAACCAAUUGUGCUUCGAUGCCGCUUUUCAACGUCUUCCACACAACCAGCCGUGGUGCAAUGGAAAUUUAAAUCCUACUGCCAAGAUCCCAUGGGAGAAGCUCUGGGAGUUGUCUCUGCAGGGAUCCAGGCAAUAAACAAGAGGAACUUGGAAUGGGAUCCGUACUUGGACUGUGUGGAUAGCAGGAGAACAGUCCGCAUUGUGGCAUCCAAACAGGGCUCGGUGGUCACGACUGGAGAGUUCUACAAAGGAAGAGAAAUCUCCAUUCUCCAUGAUGCAGACCUCCAUAUUGGAAAAUUGAUGUGGGGAGACAGUGGAUUGUAUUACUGUCUUGUCAUCACACCUGAUGAUGUAGAAGGCAAGAAUGAGGAAUCAGUGGAGCUACUUGUUUUGGGCAGGACAGGGAUGCUUGCUGGUCUCUUGCCCAGUUUUGCUGUGGAUAUUAUGUCAGAAUGGAUGUUUGUGGGCUUGGUGAUCCUGGGGGCUUUCCUUUUCUUUCUCCUAGUUGGGAUUUGCUGGUGCCAAUGCUGUCCUCAUAACUGCUGCUGUUACAUUCGUUGCCCUUGCUGUCCAGAUACUUGCUGCUGUCCACGAGCAUUGUAUGAAGCAGGAAAAGCUGCAAAGGCUGGAUAUCCUCCAGCAGUCACAUCAAUCCCAGGUCCAUACUGUAUCCCUACUGUUUUGGGUAGUGGAGUCCCAUCUCAUGCUGUCCUUGUGGAGAAGUCACAUUUACCUCCCUUGGCACCCAGUGAAUCUGGGGCAGGAGCACAAAGUGUGCACAAGGGUUACCGAAUACAAACUGACAAAGACAGAGAUUCUAUGAAGGUGCUAUACUACGUUGAGAAAGAAUUGGCUCAGUUUGACCCAGCCAGAAGGAUGCGCGAGAGAUACAGUAACACCAUCUCAGAGCUCAGUUCUUUACAUGAUGGGGGUGCCAACUUCCGCCAGUCUUACCGUCAGGUGUGCAGGAAAGCACUUCCUCCUUCAGGAGACAAGAGUGGUGAUGCUGAGUACUGGGCAGGGGUUGUUAGUGGAAGUGGUAUAUCCAGGCCACAAACACGUUCUGAUUACAGGGAAGACAGAGGAAGCUUCAGAAUGAGCCAGCAGAGAUCAAAGUCAGAAAUGCUCUCAAGAAAGAAUUUUUCUUUCGGAGUGCCAGCUGUCUCCAUGGAUGAAUUAGCAGCUUUUGCUGAAUCUUACAGUCAACAGGUCCAUCGGACUGAGGCGAGUCAGGAGCCACGGCACUUUGAGAGGACAGGAUCAAGGAGGGGACCAAUACAACAUCUGGAGAAUUCAGAUGAUUUCUAUAGCAAACGCAGGGGAGGAAACCCUGAACCAGUAACAGAUCCAGACCGGGAAUGGCGAUACAGCCCACCCAGGAGACGUAUGCAUGAAGAGAAACACCUGCCUAGGCUAAUGUGUCGGACACCUGGAGGAAGUCAGAAGUAUGAUCACUCCUACCUCACUAGUGCCCUUGAAAGGAAAUCUCGCAGCUAUGAUGAGAAUGGUGAGCAUAGUGAGACGCCUUCAAAGCUCAGCUCACAUUCCAGCCAAAGGGGAGGAUCUUACUAUGCUUGGUCACCACCAUCAACUUACAAAGCAGAACAGCAGCAGCAACAACCUCCACAGCAAGAGGAAGGAGAAGAUACUCUGCCACCUUACAGCGAGAGGGAAUUGAGCCGGGGUUUUUCAUACAAAAACAGAGAACAACCUAACUUCAAUUCAUCAGAGAAGAAGAGGAAAAAAGAGCCCCCCAAAACAAAUGAAUUCCCAACAAGGAUGUCCCUUGUGGUUUGAUGUUGCUAUAGAAGAGUUGUCUUAAUGGACUGGGAAAACAGAAGCAAAGUCAUGAAGUCUUAA